AUGGACUCACUACUUGAGGAACUUAAGGCCAAGCAGGAGCAGAGGAAGGAGGCUCUGACAGAGAAAAAGGAAGGGGAAGCAUCGCCGCAAGGCGACAUGGGGGUGCCCUCAGUGAAUCUGAGCUUCCCAAAUGUCCCGCUGGCAACUUUACCAAUGGCAGGCGACAUUGUUCGGCCCGCUGUUGCCGUCAGCACCAGCAUGGGUACUUCCGGAGGGAGCUCAUGGGGUGCUGGCGGUGCAAGUGCUGCUGCGGAUGAACUGGCCUCUUUAUUGUUUUUGCGCGAGUUGCCGCCCUCUGCAACAGAGGACGCAAUUUGUGCCCUCUUCUCCAGAUAUGGCACAGUCACGGCUGUUGAUAUUGUGCAAAGCAAAGAUGAUGGCCGCAUCCAGGGCUAUGUCAGUAUUGAUAGCCGAGAGAAUGCGCAGAGGGCAAAGGACGCCCUCCAGGAUCGAGAAAUGGAUGGAGUGCCUCUUUGGAUCGAAUGGUCAAAGAGCCCAUCACAGGGCGCUCACGUCGAACAUAGCCCGCAGAGCAAGGAGAGAAAGUCUCGUGUGGUCAUUGUGGAAAUCCCGGCAGACGCCAAGAAGAGACGCACUAUUGACAGACUUGCAAGGCCAGGCAUUUCAUUUACUGUGCUAUGCGUCUCAGUAGUUCUGCUUUUACAGGUUGUCUUCAAGCUGGACGAACCUGCCAGGUACGUAGCCCAGGAAGGCUUCAAUUUCGAGAAGCUCAUCAUGCAACGCGAGUCUCCCGAGGAAGCCUUGAGUCAUGAGCAAUAUUUAAAAUAUUUCAACAUUCAUUGCCUUUCAAAAGAAUAA